AGUGUUUCACAGAUCACACACACACAGGGGGGGUCGAGGGCGUUUGUUUAGCUGGAUUCACUGUCUUUUCAUUCUGUGUCUCACUGAAAUACACAGGCACAAAGAAGACACUGCUCUUCACUCCGUCACCAGCUCUUCUCUCCUUUACAAGCUCUUCACUCCUUCACCAGCUCUUCACUCCUUCAUAGAUUCAUCAUGUCUCCUUUCAUGUGCAGCAGCAGCAGCUUCAUCACAGCUGUGUUGCUGAUGUCGUCGUCGUGUGUUCAGAGUCUCCGCGUCGACGUAUUUCCCAGAAUGCCUCUGUUCGCACUGGGCGAGCAUCAUCAGCUGAUCUGUUCUCUUCACGACUGUCCCACGAUGCCGAGCUUCUCAUGGUCGCUGCUGGAGGACCGCCCCCUGACCGCCUCCAUCAGCACCAACGGGACUCGGUCGGUGAUGACCUUUGACCCGGUGCUGCCAGAGCAUGAGGGGGCGCUGUUGUGCAGGACGGUUUGUGGAACAGAGAAGAAGCAGAUCAUCACCAAUGUCCGGCUUUUCUCUUUCCCAUCAGCCCCGGUGAUCAGGGGGCCGAACCAGCUGAGGCUGGGGGUGGAGUCAACAUUGACCUGCCAAUUGUCUGAUGUUUACCCAGCGGAGCUGCUAAACCUCACCUGGUCUACCGGGGACAGAAUCCUGCAGAGUACGCUUGGAGAACCUGGAUCCAGUUCAGUCCAGUCUGAGCUCAAGUUCACUCCUCAGAACCAGGACUCUGUAUUGAGGAUCAACUGCAGGGCCACCCUGGAUCUGCUAGAACUGCCAGAGGAGACCAGGAGCAGAGAGAGCAGCGCCUCCUUUAGGAUCGUAUAUGCUCCAGUUGUGAAGUGGAUCUCAGAGUCUACAUUGGUGAUGGCGGGUUCGCCCCUCACGCUCUCAUGUUUGACGGAGGGAAACCCAGAACCGAGUGUCCACUGGACCGUCAGGACAGCGGAGGGCGGGACUCUUCCUGGACGUAGAGGACAACAGCUGGUCUUCACCCCGGUCAGUCUGUCCAACACCGGAACCUACGAGUGUGAGGCCAGAAACAGUGAGGGACACGUGAGCGCCGCUGUCAACGUGACCGUUCACGCUCCACCCACCAACACAUCAAUCACAGUGAGUGCAGGUGAGGAUGUGGUGGAAGGUCAGCAGCUGGACUUCACCUGCCACUCAGAGGGAGCUCCGCCCACCACACUGGUGCUGAGGAGAGAAGGGGUGGAGCUUCAUAGAACUAACCCCACCUCUUCCACACUCUCCUUCCGACUUUCAUCUGCACUUGUAGAAGACUCCGCCCACUACCAGUGUGAAGCCACGAACCAGUACGGUUCUCAGCUGGUGUCCAGAUCCGUCAGGGUCAAAGUCCACCCUUUGCAGGUGCAGGUGAGUCCACAUGUCUCACACGCAGAGGUUGGUGCAGUUCUGGUCCUGACCUGCAGAGCCUCUGGAUGUCUACGCCCCCUCACCCUCACCUGGAGGAGGACGCAGCAGGAGGACGGGACUGUCCUCCAGAGGACGCAGCAGGAGGACGGACUGUCUCUACUCCAGCUGAAGGACCUGGACCUCCAGGAUCAGGGGGGUUACAGCUGUGAGGCUGAGUGUGACUCCGUCUUCAGGACCAGAACCACCUGGGUCCAGGUCUACUCGUUUGUUUCUGACCCGACUGUGAAGAACCCCGGUCCUGUCCUGCUGGGUCAGGAGGCGGUCCUUCAGUGUGAUGUCAUCAGUGUGUUUUCAAACAAUCAGCUCAGGAUCCAGUGGCUGAUGGAGAACAUCACACUGUCGUCACAGUCCUUCAGCUUAUCUGAGUCUCUGCACAACGUCUCGUCUGUCCUACAGUACCACGUCCAAGUGGACCGACCCGUUCUGACCUGCAGGGCGGAGCUACUGACGCAGGACGGAGACGUGUUGAAGUUCAGGACCACCAGUGUCCCUCUACAUGUCCACUAUGCUCCGAGGAGAACGUCCAUCAUGGUGAGUCCAGGUGAGGACGUGGUGGAGGGUCAGCAGGUGGACAUCACCUGCCACUCUGACGGAGCUCCGCCCACCACAUUGGUGUUAAAGAGGGAAGGGGUAGAGCUUCACAGGACUGACCCCGCCUCCUCAAUGCUCUCCUUCAGUCUCUCAUAUGCCCUGCUGGAAGACUCCGCCCACUACCAAUGUGAAGCCUCCAACCAAUAUGGAUCCCAGCUGGUGUCCACCUCCAUCAGUGUCAAAGCUCCUCCCAGAAACACCACAGUGCUGGUUCUGCCGUCCACUGUGGUCCAGGAGGGUCAGAACGUCACCGUGUGCUGUUGGACCAUCAGUUCUCCACCAUCCACCAUGAUUCUGAAGAAACUGACCAACGGAACCGAGAUGUUCUCCUUCAACGGAACCUUCUUACUGGUCAACGUCAGCACCAGAGACUCUGGUCUGUACCAGGUCAACGUAACCAAUGCGCUGGGACACCAGGUCCAAGUGUUCAGGAUCAAUGUCAUCACAGAGAGAAGCUCCGCCCCUCUUCCUGCGAGCCUCAGCGUGGUCGUCAUCGUUAGUGUCUGUGUUGUGGUGGUUGUAGCAUCAUCUGCUCUGCUGCUGGACCACCUGAGAAGAUCCAGGAAGACAGGGUUCUAUCAGCUGCCUCAGUCUCCUCCACCCACUGCCUGAGUGCUGAUGCACCAACCAUGUGACUAAUUUCCCAGCAUGCUCAGUGGUCUGCAGCUGGGAAUCAGAACCUUCUGGAACAUCAGAACCACCAGAACAUUCAGAACCACCAGAAUAUUCAGAACCACUAAAACCCUCAGAAUCAUAUGUGACGCGCACAUCCCUCGUGUCAAAGUGCGCGGAAGUAUACAAGGGCCUUUACAAUCACCAGAACCUUCUGAACCUUCAGAACCACCAGAACAUUCAGAACUAAUAGAACCUCUAAUACCAUAAACCACCAGAACCUACUGGACCGUCUGGACUGGUGUUCUUCUCUCUGUUCACGUCUUCAGCCUGAGACUCGUUUCUCUUUCUCUCUUUAGUGAAAGUCUUUAAGACACCUCAGCUGGUAACCAUGGAGAUGUCUCAGCUGGUAACUAUGGUGACACUUUCAAAGCUGAGAAAACAUCAGAAUCAAAAACAGUGAGACCGAAGAAAUGUGUCUGUCUUUUGGUCUCAUUGUUUCUCUGUCUGUGAGUGUCUGUGUGCUGAUGUUGUCUUGUGUUUAACUUGUGUCCUUCGACUGUUUCCUGUCUCUGUCUUAGUGACACUGAGCUAAUGUUUUACUGAGUGACCUCUGACCCCUGGUGGACAGUGACAGUGUUGCAGAUUCAGCUAAAACUGUGUGUGUCUGUGUUUCUCUCUCUCUCUCUUUGUCUCUCUGAGUGCAUUUGUCGUUCUGUGUCUCUGUCCAGUCGAUAUUAUUUUUUUCCACUUGUGUCUCACUCACUGUGACCUCUGACCUCUGGUGUGUAAGACCUGCUGCACUAUGUCUUUUUAAUGCUCUGGAAUUUCCUGCUGCUCUCUGUUUCCUCUCUGAUCCAAAUGGAUCCUGAUCCACAUUCUGAGGAAGCUCUGAAUCUGGAUAAUCAAUGUAACUGCCUGUGAAGAAGAUCCUGGUCCUGGUCCUGGUUCUGUUCCUGUUGCUGGUCCCAGUCAUGCUCCUGUUCUGGUACAGAAUAACAGAUAGAGACCAAUCACCAUGACCUUCUGUCAGUAUGUCCCCAUAGUAACCAUGCAGUUACCACGGUAACCAUGGGCACUAUCGUUACCAUAGUAACUUGAGUUACUACUAAAAAGACCACUGAUGUAGAUAUUUCAAAAUAAAGGGCUCAUGAUUUUACUGCCCCUUUCAUAAUAAAAGUCUUGUUGUCAUCACUGAGCAGCUUGUAGUGACAGUGCGACAGAUAUUUUCAAAAUAAAAGUCUUUCAUUAAAAGAU